GGCUAAUUGAUAAUUGACAUGCUUUAUCAGAGUUUGCAAUUAUCGCUUACCGCUGCCUAGCCCUGCGCGCCGCUGCCGUAAUCUGGUUUCCCCGGAUCUUCCCCCGCUUAUUUUCGUCUGAACUUCUCGUCUGUUAGAUCGGACCGGUCUCAUGAGACGAUAUCAGUCGUACCAUCGCCCACCGCCGUCGAAUCCGUUGUUCCUGUCACGUUGCUCUUCUCGCGUUCGAUACUUCAUGGCGCCGGUAGAUCAUCGUUCAUAAGAUUGAUUAAAUCAACCUCGGCGGCGAGCGCUCAACGUGGAUCUUGAGGAAACAUGCUGAGAAACGAUCAGACAGAGGCGCCGCACAUAUAAUAACUUCACAGACAAAACAAACGACCAUAUCGACCACCUAUAAUGCAUGUCGCAGGAUCUGUUAAUCGUAGGGCAUCGCCUCCACCUCCCGGUCCAUUCGGAUAUAACUUCCUCGCGGCCAACGAUACUCCUUACGAUGCCGGUCCAGCUCCGCCUCCUGGACCGUCGCUUUUAGACGAUACCGAGUCCAAUAUGCUUGAAAGUUUCUUCACAACAUUAAAUACCAGUCAAUUCAACGUCGGCGAUGCGUGGUACCAGGAUCUUUCACAUGAUAAAGGUGGAGGCACUUUUGGAAUGGACUGGAUAGAGGGACUACCCCCGAACUUGGAAGGAUCAACGACUACUCUAUCACAAUCGCCUAAUUUACCGAUGCAUCCACCAAAAAAUACAAACAGCCUCAUGGGAGGGCCUAGUCAAGACUCCGAACUCCUUGCAGCCGCUUCUAUGCUCUGGGGCAAUGGGGGAAAUACGAUGAACUUUCCAGCACAACAUCUAUUUCCUACUAAUGUCAUGUCAGAAAUGGCACAAAAUCAUAAUAUGAGUCAACCGCGGAUCAAGCAAGAAGGAAUGCCUCGACAUCAUACAAAUCAGCUCGACUCUCGUCACAUGCUACCUCAAGCACAACACACUCCAGUGUUCAACCCAGAACAGCCAGCAGUUCCCGUUGAUCCGCAUACAUCAAUUGAAGUCCAGCAACUGCGCUGGGGUUCAGAUGCGGGGUUUGUCGACCAAGGUUACCAACGACCUGCAGGAAUGGAGAACACAGACGAAGUUACAAAAAAUCUGCUUGAGAAUAUGAAAUGCCUUGAACCACAAACAAGUACAACAAAUACACGUGCGCCGACGCCUACUAGAGCAUUUGAGAUCCCUCAUAACGGAAAUUGGAAUAAUAUCAAUGGUUCAUAUAUGUCUCAACCUUCCGAGUCAGUGAAUCAUGACGAGGGCGAGAGCAGUCCACGGCCUAGAAAACGCUCCAAGAUCAAAAUACAGGAGGAAGAUUCCGACGAUAAUGGCACACCUCCUAGGUUGAAAAAGGCGAGGGGUGUAUCCGGAGGUAAAGCUAGACGCGGCUCAAGCGAGAACGCUUCGAAACGACCUAAGGCUCAGCAGGGCAGCAAAACGAGGGAAAACCUUACAGAGGAGCAGAAGCGCACGAAUCACAUUCUUUCAGAGCAGAAACGUCGUAACUUGAUCAAGCAAGGGUUCGACGAGCUAUGUGCAUUAGUCCCUGAACUUCGGGGUGGUGGUUUCAGCAAGAGCGCCAUGCUCAUCCAGGCUGCGGAUUAUCUUGAAGAAGUCUUGAAUGGCAACAACAUCCUGCGUCAACAGCUGUCACAGCUUAAAGCAGUUAACGGCUUCAUGAUACCCCGGUGAUUUAUAUCUUGCUCUUCGCGCCACUCUUUCUUCCUUGGAUACCGGUUGUCACAUGGUUAUCCACAAACCAAACUCACCGCUGCGAUCUAGGACUUCGCCCAUUGCGAGCCGGAUCUCUUUCUUCUUUUGUUCUACGAUACCCUCAAAAGCCUCCAGGAGUUUCCUCUGUAGUUCAGGAUUCUACAGUUAGGAUGGAUUAUAUCUACACAGAUGGAGUGUAGAUAUUUGCCAUCUGCGUUUGCAUACAAGGACAUAAUUUGUGCGGAUGCCUGUGAAUAUUCGAUUGUUGUGUUAUUGCGCGUACAUAACGAAUGAUGUGUAAUGUACUAUCGAGAUGCCAAGUAUUGCAAAUAAAUUGAACGUUUAUAA